UCAUUUCAGGAAACGGCUACAGAGAGAACACUUUUUCUUUCUUCAAUCCUAAAAAUUAGCUCCCGUGGCCCAAGUCGAGGGAACAUCUUAUAAUAUGAUUGACGACGACAUUAGACAGCCGUUGCCCAGUGGGAAGGUGCAAUGAACGUCUCUCCGGAGCAGCUAGGCUUUCGACUCCUUUCGAAGCUCGUUGGUGCCAGGAUCUUGGCGUCAACAUUGCUGCUCGCAGUAUGUCUGUUGCUAGCAAGGCCCACGUGUGCCAACCCCACCCCGAAUGCCAACAACCAAUCCACUAGCACCCCAGCGGCGAAGUUCUGUCCCGAACUGCAUAUCCCCAAUGGUGUCAUAACGUACACUAGACCUGAACCCCCGUCACCACCGUCUCCGUCGCCAUGGCCAGAGCGGCAUGCCGACAACAACAGCAGCAGCAGCAACACCACCAGCGUUAGACUAUGGUCGCGCGGAACAAUGGCCGCGGUCAUCUGUGCUGCAGAUCACGUCGUCACCAGCGGCACCACGGUGGCUACUUGCACCGAGCACAACAAGACUGCUGGCGUGUGGAACACUACACUAGGUUGCCAGUCACGGACAACCCACUGUGCCCGGCUAACUGUUCUCCACGGGACGAUUCGCUACUCGGGCGGCAGCCUUGCCAUCGGCUCAACAGCUCUGGUAACGUGCGAAGAGGGCUGGACAGCAAGCGGCAACAGCACGGCCGUGGUCAUGUGCAUGCGGGGUGCUGCUGCUGGUGAGCCGAGUGCCUUGGCCACGUGGAAUCGUACGGUCGAGUGCUUUGGUCCCAGUAACGGCAUAAUGUCAGCUACACUGGUGGCGCUCGCCUUCUCCAUGGUCACCCUGCUCGUUCUGGCGCUGUUCGUAUUCGUGCGGCGCUCGCAGCUACUCCAGUCAAUGCAGGACGCGUCGCACAGCACCUCCUGCUAUCGCUUUUGUAAGAUGUGGAACAAGAAGAGUUGCGGCAAGCAGCUGCAGCCGAAUGCAAAGUCGUUGGCCACGCCGGACGCCAGCCGCUCAGCCAGUACCAUGGGUAUGGUGGACUCACGCAACAGCGUUCUAACAGAUAACAGUGGUGGCGCUGGUGCCAAUGGCGGCCAUCGCUUCAGCAUGGUCACCCUGGGCAGCCACACGCUGUCCAACCACGAGCUCCUGCACCACGACGACGGCGGCGGCAAGAUGGCGGCGGCGUUGUCACGGCAGCACAGCGCCGUCUCCUCCGCACACACCAGCCCGUCGUCCUCGUUGGUACCACAGCCAAUGCUGUGUACCACCUCACUGCAAAGCGCUACGCUGCUGGGCAUGUUUGAGUCAAUAUCGCCAAUGCUCGCCGAAGACUGUCAGGCUGAGCUUGAGCAGGAAACGGAGGCACCGCCGCAUGAGUGCGAGCAACCACCACCAAGGGCACCGUGUGACGCUCCUGUCCAUAAUACCCACACCGACAACAAAGACAAGGAGCGUGGCAGGCAAGCGUGCGGUGCGUCUGUCUCCGCCAUGCUAGUGAGACCUCCGGCGGAUAUCGACUUUCGAACACCGGCGUCCAGUCCCUCGCGUGCCAGUCCGCGCUCACACCCCCAGCCUCCAGGGUUCUAUGUGUCAUUCGACGGUAGCCCGAUCUCGUGUAACUUUCGAUCCGAGCAGCGACUCGACAAGUCGGCGCGCUACUACGGAAGCGAACCCUCCGACCUCGGCAGAAGCAAGUGGAGCCUCGCUGUGGAGCGAGAGGAGUUUUUUUCCUCAUCCGACGACUCGUACAUGUCGGCAUGGAUGCCGACCAACGUACACGCAUCGCCGACGCAGAAACACUUCCUCCCCAGCCACAAGUACCUGUGUCGUGUGAACUCCGACACGAGCAACGACGCCGGUGUCUCCUCCGAGAGCCUGUUCUCCGUGCAGCAGAAGACCGACCUGCCCACGUCGUACAGCCAGGCGGCCCUGAAGCGCGCUAGCCUCUCGCCGGGCCCAAGCCGCCGACUACCACCGCCGCAUCAUCGGCAUCAUCCCGUGUCGUCUCUGUACUCGAACCGUUGCCGCGCCAGAUCUUGCUUCUCAGCCGAUUCGCUGCAGUCCGACGGACCUUUGCCGUCGUCGCCUUCGAUCAUACCCCGUGAUGAUCGCCGGCGAAGUACGCUGUGCUCCUACGGCUCAACGUCGGGCGAUAACCUGUCCAUGGGCGGUGGAAAGCGCGUACUCCUCAACCGUGCCCUGAUGCACUGCAAGAGCUCGGCCGUCACCAGCUCCGGCAGCGAGCAUUCGGACUUAGAAGACUUACACUCGUCGUCAGCCCUGGCCGCGUCCCAUAGCAAGAAGUCUAUGCACCCGGAGCUGCAGGCACAGGAACUCAUCCGCGACCUGCCGCAGCGCAUAGCCAUCAAGCGCAAGGUCAUACUGCCGGUGAAGUCGACGAACAGCCUUCCGAUGAGUGCAAGCCUUGCAGGCAGCACACACACGCUCAGUCACUGUGGCAGCGCCGGAAGUCCCUUGGCGACGCCCGAAAGAACCAGGCGCAUGUGGCGCGGAGUGCAUCGUCGCGACGUUGCCUCGAGAACGAGCAGUACGCAAUCGGCAGCUUCGCUAAACAGCAUCGGCGUUUCUUCGUCGACGAGUCGUACGUGUCCGAGCACGUGGCGCAGCGAGCCUAAACUCACGCAGACCAAGAGUCAGUCGUCGUCGCCACUGCUCCUCACGCCGCCAAGCGCCGGUGCGGGCGGUAAGCAUUCUACGCCGGCGUCGUCAUCAUCCGCUGCUGCCGCCCCCGGCACCGUGCUUUACCGAAUUGCCGCCGGCUCCUCGCCAUCGCUCCAGGGCGCGUCGAUCGCCAUGCGCCUGCCGUUCUCCGACUCCGAUCGGCCCGUGAUGAUGCAGGCCAGGAAGAGCUGCUGCACGUCAUCCCUGUCACUGCCACUAGCAAACACGCACAGCGAGGCGGCGAGCUAUGGCCGCCUGUUCAGCUCGCAGGAUCUCUACUACCACGACGGCACGGCGAACAGCCGACGGCAAGCCGGUCACACGCUUGCCAACGCAAGCUGCUUUGCGCUAGGAACAGGCUCCAAUGGCCUCGGUGGCCGUCGGUCGUCCGCCAUACAGCCGCUGUUUGAAAUGGACGACACGAUCGGACAGCUGUCGCCACCGGGACAGGAAACGUCGCAGUUAAGUUCUCGCGACGACGACGCACUCCUGACUAGAGUGGUGCCAGCGCAAUCCGAUGGAAACUUUGACGCCAUGCGCAAACGUUACAGCUGUACCUCGCUGCCAUCCAUCCUGGAAAGUUACUAGGUGAUAGUCCUCCCCCUGUCAUCCAUCCUGGAAUGUCGCCAGUGAUCCCUCUCCUGGCCUGCAGGCUUUAGGUGCACCUCCCUGCCAACAAUCCUGGAAGGUCAUUCGCUAAGCAUGGGUCCCGAUGCAUUGUCUGACGGCCUGUGUUUUCUGCCUUCCAGGGUGGGGCCGGCUCUAGGAGGCCGGCAAUGUGUGUGUGUGUCGUUAGGGUCGAUCCUCGUUCACCAGUGGGCAUCUGUCCAUCCAGCACCGGACCGGCCCUGGCCAGCAGCCUGUGUCCAGUCGGCCAGGCAUUGCUCUGCCACCCUGCGAGUGGCCGUACGAUCUGACAUACCGCUUGCCGGCCGCUCUGUCCCAUCGCCAUUGUGGCCGCUGCACGCUGCCAGCCAGUCUUGCACGCGUGCCUUCACGCUCGCGGCCAGAAUGUGUGCCUUCGCACACGUUCUCUCUGUAAACUAGAGCAUUGGCGCAUAUCAGCGGGUAGUAGGUAGACCACAGUGGCCGAGUGGAAUGGAUGUAACCUGUCACUGUGCCAGCUGUUUGCUACGAAAGGCCAUUGGCGUACGGGGCCAGCAAUGCGUGAGCCAAUCGAACGAUUGCUUGCCGGGUCUGACACAGCUGCAGCGUCGUGCGAUCAGGCGAGUUCUCUGCACAUGCCGUGGACUGCGGCUUCGACCGUGUAUCAUGCUCCAGUCGCCCAGGCCUGUGCCGGCUUGAGGACCUACUCCCUGUCUCUUGCCACGCCUGUGCCGGCUUGAGGACCUACCCCUGCCCCCGUCUCUAGCGGACGUGGUGCCGCCGUUGUCUCUCCCAACGCGCAUUGCCAAACACACUUGAUACAGUUCUGAUUAUUCUCGACACUCCACUCUCUCUCCCCUACUAGAAUGCCGUCACCGUCCUGCUGCCUCUCGCAUGGCGACUUUUUCGUCUUCUAACGCUGUUUGCCACGCCAUAUUGAGCUCUUUCUGCUGUUUCACUCGUCAUCUCCUACUCCGCACAGCUUUGGAGUCUCCUGAUCACACUAGCUGUCGACGAAUUUUAUCCCACCCAUCCCCACUACCACCACUCGCAUCCGUUCAAUAGCAUACCCAACACUCGAUAGCGCACCCGUUGCCCCACAGAAAGGCAUAUAGAUGCGCUUUCUCCAUCUGCCGACCAAGCUCUCCUAUGCGGGGCAAUUUUUUUCCUUUUAGCCAAAGUUUUUGGUCAAAGUUUAAUAACGUACAGCACGUUGAGUAGCUUUUUAAAUCGUUCAGAUUCUGAACGGCACGCGUGCCCAGUCUUUUUUUAUGUUUACUUUAUUAACAAAAAUUCUGCUCCCAUUUUUUACUCAUGGGCGCCUUUUACUUUUUCCUACUGAAUUACCAACUUGGUGGAAGUUGUGAUGCGCACGUUUCAAGCACAUGAUUUUGAAUCUUUCCAUGG